AUGGAAGGACAACAUAAAGAAAAAAAUACAAAAAUAAAAAAAAGUAAAAAACCUUUAGUUGUUAGUAAUCGAAAACCAUUCAACGUUUUUGAAAAAAAAAAAAGUUCAAAGCCUCUCGUAAGAGAUCCUCGUUUUUCUGAUUUUUCAG